CACCAGAGUAAGGCAUGCACGUGAUCUGAACUGAUCUGAGCUGUGUCAGAUACACGAUGCGUGCUCAGCUGUGACUCCUUCACUGGGCAUCAUCUCAGAAUGAAGUGUCCUCAAUGCAAUCAUGUGUCUUCAGAAAAGGCAAAAUUCUGCUGCGAGUGUGGAUUCAAGCUACCAUCUCUCUCAACUGAGACAGCACCAGACAAGUCGCAAGAGUCUCAAUCAUCCUCAAACAUCCCACAUGGCACUGAUAAAGAAAAGACUGAAUCAGGAGUACUGGAUAACCAGAAUGCUAGUGUAUCUCCAACACAAUCAAAUGAAGAUAUCAACAACUCUAACCCAAAGAAAGAGAAGAAACAUGUUUCCAGUGAAGAUUCAACAGUGAAUGCCCAACAUAGUCAAGAGCAGCAGAAUUCUGAUUUUGCUGAUGACCAGAAUUGCAGUGAAAGUGAUGAUACAGAAAGUCAGUAUGUUGAGCCUCCAAAAAGAAAUCCAGCAUCAGAUCAACAAAUAAGUCCCAGAGACAGACUCGCCAUUUGUUUUCAUGCAGUCCUUUCAAAAGACUUCAAGUUUAUACCAAACAAGGAUUUUAUCUUCAUAAGAGCCGGUGAUCACAUUGGUGGCUGGGAAAAAAAUUUGGUUGAACUGCGUGUGUCAGGGGAUCUCGGAGAGCAUGGAUUGCUUGUGGAAGGGAAAUAUAUAUGCAAGAAGUUUGAUGCUGAAGCUGUGUCCAUUCCAUACAAAUAUGUUGUGUAUAAAGAAGAAGAUCACAACAAGUAUGAAUUACAUUAUGAAUACAUCUACAAACUGGAUUCAAAAGAAACCACCAACAGAUGUCUGUUUGUCAAAUCGCAUCUCCUAAAUAGUGACGGAGAAUGGCACCAGUAUGAUGAUAUCAUCUGUAAAGAACCAUCUAAAGAUGUGAUGAAACGUAUAAAAGAAUUUCUGUGGUCUAAGCAGAGGAAAAAAAUAAUCGAGGGAAGAGAAAUCGCUGGUUCAGUCAUGCUGCAAACUAUCUUUGACCUCCUGAGAAGCUGGAGCAAAAUUAACCUCGGCAACUUCUUUUGUCAACUGCAACAGUUUUAUGAAGUCUAUGGCAACCCUUUUGUAUUUGAAAAGACAAUUGUGAAAUGGGGCUCACUUGAAUAUGGUGAAAAAGAUGUAAGUAAACCAUAUGUAUCUCAGUAUAUAAUGAAAAACAUUUUUAUAUUUUUCACCCAAAAUCACCCCCAGAAUUUUAAUUCUUUCUGA